AUGAAGUGCUCAGCCCUCUUUCUUCUUGUCAUUCAGGUAGGAAGUGUUUCUUCGUGCGUAUUCGACAAAGUGGAGAAGAUGAGUGUUGCCCUUAUUUACGAAACAAUCUUGGAUAAGAACGAAUGCUUUGCUGCAUGCUAUAAUAACAAGAACUGCAUUGCACUUGCAUACUACGAAAGAAUCAUUCAGAGUGAGCAAUAA